CCCCGGCGGGGUCGGUGGGGACGGGCUGGCGCUCCGGCCCCCGGCCGCGGCCGCGAUUCCCAGCCCGCGGGCCGGCGGAGAAGGGAAGCGGGGUUAGGAGCGGUGGGGGCGGGGCGGCGUCCAGCUCUGGGAGAGCUGUGGGCGGAGCGCGGCGGCGACGGCGGCGGCGGCGGCGGCUCUAGAAAACGAGAAGGAGGCGGCGGAGCUCCUUUCCUCUUCUCAGACCCCGGAGCGUCCGGGACGCAGAGCCCGGAACUGGAGGGACGCGGCGACUGCGGGGGCCCGGCGUAGGCGCUGAACUCACUGUGUUAUAUGUAUAUUAUAAGAUCUUCAAACAAUCCUUUUAAGUUUCUUGCAGCUGUAUUUGAGCUGGGGAACCUGAGGAAAUACUAGAUACGGGAAAUUCUAGAGGAAGAGAAAAGACCCUUGAUUUGGGCAGGAAGAGCUGUUAGAAAGAUCUUACGGAGUGGUAAGAGAAUCUCCCUGGAAAAAGAGACGUGAAUGUCUGCAAUGAUAUUUCCUGACGUGAAGUUGAUAGAGAAGAAAAGGAGAUCACCAGCCAGAGAGCAGAAUUUUGAAUAACCAGGAUUUUGUAUCACCUCUAACUACAGACUUCUCUUGCCUACCUUUAAAUCAGAGAUAACUGCAAUCAGAACCCAGACAAGGCAAAAGAAUAUUUUUCUUCUGUAUCUUUUGAGAUCAAAGAAACUGCAAUGUCUCGGAAACAAAACCAGAAGGAUUCAUCAGGAUUCAUUUUUGAUUUGCAGUCCAAUACUGUACUGGCCCAGGGAGGAGCUUUUGAGAACAUGAAAGAGAAGAUAAAUGCAGUGCGUGCAAUAGUUCCCAAUAAGAGCAACAAUGAAAUCAUCCUGGUUUUGCAGCACUUUGAUAAUUGUGUGGACAAAACAGUGCAAGCAUUUAUGGAAGGUAGUGCCAAUGAAGUACUCAAGGAAUGGACAGUAACAGGCAAGAAAAAGAACAAAAAGAAGAAAAGCAAACCAAAACCUGCAGCAGAAGCAAGUAGCAGUAUCCCAGAUUCCAGUAAAUCGGUUUCCAUUCAAGAGGAGCAAUCUGCACCUUCUUCAGAGAAAGGUGGUAUUAAUGGUUACCAUGUCAAUGGUGCCAUCAAUGAUACUGAGUCUGUGGACUCACUCAGUGAAGGUAUGGAGACACUGUCAGUAGAUGCCAGAGAAUUAGAGGACCCUGAGUCUGCCAUGCCACGUUUGCUGGACCGAGCAGGAUCCGUGCUGGAAAAUGGUGUCUCUGAUUUUGAGUCCAAGUCUUUGACUAUGCACUCUACUCAGAAUUCUCAACAAAAUAGGAAUGCUGCUAAACCUCUCUCAAAACCUCAGUUCUCAAAUCUGGGCAUGGAAGAUGUUCCACGCUCCUCUACCAACAAAAAGCUAGGUUCCAAUAUUGAAAAAUCUGUGAAAGACCUCCAGCGCUGCACAGUGUCUCUUGCACGGUAUCGAGUUGUAGUUAAAGAAGAGAUGGAUGCUUCCAUUAAGAAAAUGAAACAAGCUUUUGCAGAAUUGCAGAGCUGUUUAAUGGAUCGAGAAGUGGCAUUGCUUGCUGAAAUGGACAAAGUGAAAGCUGAAGCAAUGGAAAUUUUGCUCAGCCGACAAAAGAAAGCCGAACUUCUAAAGAAGAUGACUGAUGUGGCUGUUCGAAUGUCAGAGGAGCAAUUGGUUGAGCUCAGAGCUGAUAUCAAGCACUUUGUUAGUGAACGCAAAUAUGAUGAGGAUCUGGGACGAGUAGCCCGGUUCACCUGUGACGUAGAGACCCUAAAGAAGAGCAUUGAUUCAUUUGGACAAGUGUCCCAUCCAAAGAACAGCUAUUCAGCCCGGUCCCGAUGUAGCUCAGUUACAUCUGUGUCCUUGAGUAGUUCAUGUGAUGCCUCUGCUGCUUCCUCUUCCACCUGUGCCUCUGCUACCAGCCUUACAAGUGCUAACAAGAAAAUCUCGGCACCCGGAGAGACUCCUGCAGCUAUAGCAAACUCCAGUGGCCGGCCUUACCAGCCUCAUCGAAAGGUGUUGCCAGGGAACAGACGAGGCGGACAAGGCUUCAGGCCACAAGGCCAAAAGUCCAGUGACCCCACGAACCAAGGGGGUCAUUACAGAAAUAGCUCAUGGUGUUCAUCCGGUCCCAGGUAUCAGAGUAUGCCACCCCAGGCACCGGGAAACACUAGUGAAUGGGGCCAGGCUCCCUCUUCAGGGACCAUCGGAACUGGAGCCAGCGUGGAUCCCAGCCCACCCAAGCCCUCAUUCAAAAAGGGGCUCCCCCAGCGCAAACCCAGAACCUCUCAUUCUGAAGCUGUGAACUCUUAAGGGAAUUCCCAUUGUCCUCUCUCCUCUAUCCCACACAAUUCAACUUGGCAACUGGACUUUAGGAAACUUAUAGUUAGAUUUAAUAACAAAAAGAAGUUUACAUAUAUCACUUUUUAUGCCAUUCUAAAUAUUUUUGGUUUCUUCUCUCCUUAUUUCCUCUUUACCAGUUUUGGAGGGUAAGCUGUCUUCCCUUGACCUUUCCCACUGAUAUUGGUUGAUUCUGAUUGGCCAUUUCUACCAGGAAUCAUAGGCCACUGUUGCCAGGUUUCCCAACGGUAAGCAGUGUAUUUCCCAGGGCAGCAGGCCUUUCGGUUGUCUGAAGAGGCCUUUCUCAGCAACCCCUACUGCUCAGGCUCUCAGGGAGAGAUGGAUCAGAGCUAGCCCUGUUGCCUUUCCAGGCAGACACCACACAUGGCUGUCAGGUUCCCUCUAAACAACAGUGUAACCAGGAGAGGCAAUGAGAGGAUAUGUGCUGCACUGAGUUAGCCAGAGAAGGGGAAAUGUAAUUGGUGGAAAGCAAAGAACACUAGAAAAUAUUUGAGAAUCUGCCUUUCCUCCUAGAACGUGCCUGAGAUUGACACUCGGGUCAGGGUUUCAGUCUCCUGCUUGGCCCCAUAGCUUAACCUGCUGUUUCUUCAAAAUGCCUAAAGCCUUGUUUCCUAUUACCUUAGACUGCAAACCAGUCAAGGGAAGUCCGUGGGAAAGUAGCAUUUAAUUAAAGUUUAAAGAGGGGGGAAGUAUUUCUUUAUUUCAGUGUUUGAAGAUUUUUGUUGUUAUUCUCCCUUUUUCCUGAAUCCUAGUCUGAUCCUGAACAAAUUUAUAGCAAUAUAAUUAGUGUUAAUCUGUUACCCAUCAAAAAAUUGCUGCAAUCUUUAUAGUUGAAUAAAUAAAAACUGCAUAAAUGUUCCCACAUUUGUUUUCCAGCAGCAAGUGACUUCAUUAUCUGUUUUCCUUUGGACCUCAUGGGGUAGAAGUCUCUUGAACAUUUGGGGCUUAAAUGAGGGUGUCUGAUUGCUCAGCCGUUUGUCCACUGCUUAACUUCAGAACCAAAUUAAAAUGUGAAAGCCAGGAUGAGCAAAUGCAGCUAUUCCUGUGGGAAAGAUUCGUAGGAUAGGGAAUGGUGACUUUCUAAAGGAGAGCUUACCAGUUUAGAAAAACCACAGCUGCCAACGGCUCUCCCAGGCAACCAAAGGUUAUACAGCACCCCUCUCCUCCACUGCCUGUCCCUUGACAGGAGUAGUGAAUGUAACAGUAUAAUUGGGCUCUUGCAUAUAGCAGGUGGCAUUGGUGCCAGACCCCUCCACCCCACCCCACACACCCCCAGAAUCUAUGGUUUAAUAACAGCAGAGCUAUUUAUUUCUCCAGCAUUUGUCUUCCCAAGUCUGAAGCUGAAACUAGAAGUGGCAGUGGUGCAGAAUUUAGCUGCCUCAGGGCUUCCCCUGGCUCUUUGGCUGAAGCUGAGCUGCCAGGGUUCAGGUUGGUUGAACAGAUUGAGAGAGAGAGAGAGAGAGAGAGACAGAGAGAGAGAGAGACAGAGAGAGAGACAGAGAGAGAGACAGAGAGAACUGACUUUUAGUAAUGAAAACAGUAGUCAAGGAGUGCUGGGAAGCCAUUUUCUAACAGGCUUAUCACCUCAUUUUUGGGAAUUUGUCCAACAUCACCAUUAGCCUGCUGGAUGUCAGGAAAAAGGCCUGCUUUUCUGAUUAAUUGCUUACCUUACUUUAUAGGAAAUCCAGAGAUUGAAGCAACCUUGAAGGGAUUAUGAGGUCUAUCCCUGUAUCUAGGCAAGACAGUAUUUAACCACUCAGACAGAUGGGAAGCCACUGUUUGUCACAAUGCCUUGAAAUCAAAAUUAAAAUCUCCUUAUAGAAAAAUAUUAGAAGAUUUUUUCUAUGACCGUAAAAAGUUUGAAAAUGAAGAUUUUUCUACAUUUUGUUAAUUAAAAAAAAGUAUUUAAAAUAUCAAAUAAUACAGAAAUGUAAAAGGAAAAAGUUAAAGUUUUCCACCUUCCCAUUCUGUUCCACAGGGGUAAUAACUAUUAACGAUUUGGUGUAUACCCUUGUAGACCUUUUUCAAAGCAUAUACAUAUGUGCAUAUACCCAUGGAUAUAUAGGUUUUUUUUAUUUUUCGUUCUGUUUUUAUAAAAAGAGGCAUCAUACUAUAUGCAGUCUACAAUUCUUUAUUUAAAUGAUAUGUCUAAACCUUAAUUCAUUUAGGAUCUCAUGUUAUAGAUAUUCUCCUAAAUUUGCCGUUUGACUUUCUUAAACGAAAAGAAGUUAGGUUUAUCGUAAGUUUGAGUAGUGCAGCCCAUUCCUUGCUCCCCAGAAUAGCUCUAGGCUUCCCAAGAGAAGGGAGGCUCCGAAACCUUGGCAGCUCCCACCGGCUGUUCAAAGAGAUCCUACAUAUUCAUCAUUUUUCCUUCCCUUUCCAGUUCCUCUUAGAGAUAAAUGUCUUGCCCUUUCCCAACUUAGAGGUAGGACUUGAAACCUCAGAUUAUUUAGCUCUGGCAGUUAUGUGCCACUUGAGAGAGAACAUUUAAAUUAGCAUGGCUUCAUUAUGAACAUCAGAUAUUUCCUACUAGGCCUCUUACUUAUGGCAGUUCUUAAAAUUCACUUUUUAAAAAAGUAAUACAGAUGAGUUUUUUUAAAGAGGUACAAAAGUAUGCAUAAUGGAAAGUAAAAAAGUCCUCCCUCAUCUUGUCCCACUGAUAAGUUUCUUAUAUAUCUUUCCACAAAUUUUCUAAAUUCAAACAUGCAAAUAUAUUUUUUCUUUCUUUCAUAUAAAUGGGAAUCAUACUAUGCAUUCUCCUAAUCAACUUGCUUUUUCCACUUGUUCUCACUUUUUAUAACUAGUUUUUGUUUUAAGGGAAAAAAUGUAUAUAUAUAUUUAAAAAAAUAAACAGUUCAAAAGCACAUAUGAUGAAAAAGAAGCCUUCAUCCCACUCCGGACCAUUUGUCCCCUCCCCCUGAGGCAAAUACUCUUUAAGUUCCUUGUGAUUCCCUCCAGGGAUUUGGUAUACUGGCACACAUACAUCAUAAGGAUGUAUACCACUUAGACCUCUUCGCGUGUUGGUACAUGUAAAUAUACCUCAUUCGUUCUAUGGCUGAUAGAUCCCAUUGUAUAUAUUUAUCAUAAUUAAUUUAGCUAGUCCCUAAUGAUGGUUUUCAGUGUUUUGCUACUAUAAGUAUUACUGAAAUGAGCAUCUCAUAAUACAUAUGUCAUUCCUCAUUUGUGAGAGUGUGUCUUUAGGAUAAAUUCCUAGGAGUAGAAUUGCUGGAUCACAUAGUUAUUGACAAAGUACUCUUAAAGAUGCGUGGAUUUACACUCACCAACAAUGUUUGGAGGUGCUUUGAAUAGUUGCUGAGCUGGAAGCUACAGAGAGAGAAAGAUAACUAAAACAAAGCCCUUCAGGGGGCUGACAGACUAGUUGGAGCAACUGAGACAUAAAGGUAGAACAAUACAAGGUAAUGUCGUAUGAAAGCCACACUAUCUUCUGUGAGUAAGAUAGAGGAAGCACCACUUUAAGGGCUGGGUCCUGUGCUUAAACUAGAACUAUACAAGGGCUGAUUACGUAUUUUUCAGUAGUUUGUAAAUAGGGUGACCUUAUAUUUCAGAAUCCCAAACCAGGGUAUACAGUCUUGUAAAUAUGAAUGUAUGUAUGGGGGAAAACAGGAUAAACUGUUUUAGGUUGGAGUGACCUGGAAAAGCCAGGAUACAUGGCUUCUCAAUCUGUGAACUAACUUAUACUUUUGGAAGUCAGUAGAAUAAUGACUUGUUGCCCCUGGAAAUUCUGGCAUUUGACCUAACAAACUGAGGGUUUGUCUUGACUGCUUCAUAGGAUCCAUCCCACCUUCUUGUCCCACCGGGUGAGGGUUAUAUCCUUUGGCAGGUACAGUCUUGUGAGUACUUCAUGGAAGAUACGGGUCCAAAACGGUGCGUGUGGAGGUCACCAACUGGUACAAGGAGCUAUUUUGUCACUGUUUUAACCAGUUCAGAGUACCGACCAUAAUUAUGGCGGCCAGACAACGUUCUGUAAAAUCAGUCAAGCUUGGCUUCUGGUUGCCUUAGCCACCUGAGCACAUUCUUUCCUUCAAACACUGAGCCACUUACUAUGUUAGGCACUGUGCUGAGUUCUGAGGCAAAGAUGAGUAGUUCCAGCUUUCAACCACUUUGCAGGUUAAAGAAACAGAGCUCUUAGCUCUUCCUUCAACUCUUGGAAAUCAUGCCUGGUGGUUGGGUAGCACGCGAGAGUGAAAAGACCCUGGACUUUUGAGACACACACUUGAAUUUUAAUUCUGCCUUCACAACUUGGUGGCUGUGUGAGUGGCUAACCUUGGGCAAAUAACAUCUCUGAACCACUUCCUGAACUGUAAACUAGAGACUGUGGCAACUUCUUCCUGGAGGAGGAUUUAGCCAGAGGCUGCAGAGCAGUACCCCGCUGUGUGAGCUAACCGACGACAAGUUGCAUGUUCACUCACCAUAACUCCUUUGCUUUUCUCUCUCUUCUGCCCUGUUAAAAAGUACAUGAAAGACAUCCCUUAUGUCCAGCCAUACAGACCUUAUUCACCAAAGAAAUAAUUCAGUCAUCUUAUUCCUUUUGUAGCUUUUCUGAGUGCAUAUCCCCCCCAGAAUGGAGCCCCUCUUGUCUGUUGGCCAUACCUGUCAGAAAAACACACCCUCGUCCCGUUUCUGAGCUCCCUGGUUGGGGAAGGCCAGAUACUAAUGGCACUCACCUGGGUAAACAGUCAUCAGUGCACAGCCGCAUGCAGGAGUGAAGUGGGGGCCAGGGUUUCCCAGGGGCGAGCCAGGGGCUGUUAUUUCCAUACAGGUGCUGAGGGAGUUUUAUUACCUGUCUUGCUACGCCUUACCAAAGAAGAAACACUAUCUGCAGAUGUUUCUGGGUGAGGAAACUCACCUACCAUCACUACCACCAGCACAACUGUUCUCCAGCCCACUCGCCCCUUCACUGCCGUCAAAACAGCAGAAACAAAUACCACCCACUCCGAUUCCUCAGAAAAGUCAGGUCUCCUUUUUAUGUCUCUUCAACUUAACCCAGUUAGGCUUUCUCUAACUUGGUUUCAAACAAACCCGUUUUCUGGUGCUGCUAGAACACAGAUGGAGAUGGAGAUUGCUGAUUCACUCCCUUGUUGGCUCCAGGCAGGACUGUGGUAGGCUGCCCUGUGGCAGGCAGGCGGGACCUGCAGUCCAGCCGUGAAGUCCAGGUGGCUGUUGACAGCGGGCUCUCACUACAGGUCACUAUGUGAGCACUCAUCAAAAUGACCAUACUGUCCCCUUUUCAUAGGCUGCUUACCAAAGCACAGGACAAAGCGCCCCAAUUGUGUGCCACAGUAGCAAACUGCUACCAACCUAGUCAAAUCUUGGUUCAGACCCAGUUCCUCCACUACUAGCCAUGAGACAUAAAACAGUUUUUUAUCUGUUAAUAAAACUAUGUACCUCCCAGGAUUCCCUUGUUUGAAAGUUUAUUGUGGUUUACUCACACUAGCUAGGAUUAUCCACCAAAAGAAAAGGAAUGGCCUAGAAUGAGAGAGCCAAAGGCUGGCCAAAUACUGGAGACCUCAAAGUAUUCUAAAACGUUUAGUUUUUUUUUUUUUUUUGGUGGGGAAGGAGAACCUUCAGUGAGUUUUCAAUCCUGAACUCAUUUCCCUGGUCCUAGCACCUAACGUCUGAGCAAGUGCUCAGGGGAUCGCUUAACAAUUGCUACCGCUUAACUAAGCUCAUCACAGGUUCUCUCAACAAUCCUUUGAGAAAGGGUCAUUUCACAAAUGAACUGAUGUUCUUUCGAUGAACACCCCCCGCCAUCCCUGCCCAAGGUCACCCAGCUGGUCAGUGGCAGAGUUAGAAUUCUAACCCAGAGUAGUCUGACUUGAAAGCCUGAGAUUUUCCCACCAUACAACACAACCGUAGAAGCAGAGCUUGACCUGGGGAUCUCCAGAAAGGAGGGUGGAGAGAGUGGGAAGAGGUGACUAGAGGGGAGGGGCCCCUGGGCUCUUUUCCUCGACAGCCACCUGUUCUCACCCCCCACACAGCGACUGACUCCGCCUGUGCUAGGGGAUUGGGGGCUUUAUCUAUCUUUUGUGUCUUGAGCGCUUUUUCCUUGCUUUGCUCUUCCCUUCUCUCCUUGUUCCCUUUGUAGAUAAUACUCCCACAGGCCUCCCACGGCAGCUCCAAAACAAGCCGCCUGAGUUUCUUCUUGUUGACAAUGGCUUUGAGCUGUCUCUGAACUGGGCUCUCCCUCAACUUUCCCCUCCCUGUGACUCCCCACUGUGGCUGAUGAGUCAAGAGUUGGGGGAAGGGCAGAGCAAAAGGAGAUUAUAGCGAGGAGGCCAGGGCUCCCUGAUUUCCCAGUUCUCUGUUCACUUUUCAACCCUGCCCCAACCCCCAUCCUACUAUCCUGAACAGGGGUCCCUGCUCCUUGUGUAUGUUUGGGGAGAAAGGGAUGAGGUGUAAGGAGAAGGCAAGAAGACCUGAGGUAUUAGGUAGAGAUCUAAAGAACAGAAAAACCAGAAACAGACUCAUGUAUACAGAGAACAAAA